CUUCGAAAGGUCUCGCAUUGGGUUGGAUCUUGUGUAUGGCAUGUGCCACGCUGUUUUCCACAGGUUUGGCCCAGGUGGACGACAUUGACAAUGCCGUCAACAGCACCAUCAGCGAUACAGAGCCCAUCCAAGAACAUCCCAGUGAGGUCCAAAAAGCGGUAUGCACUGUGACUGCUGGUGAGAUCAAAGCGUCUGCCGAAGCUGUUACUACAAAGACCCUAAAGGGAGUCUGUGGAUCGGACGAAAUGAACUUGGCCUUCAAAAACCUAGAGACCAAACUUUACGCGGAGCUUCGUGAAAUAAAAUGGCUAUUGGAGCAAGUGGCAAUGGCCAAUUCGGUAGAAAUAAGCGCUGCCCCUCCUCCACCACCAGUGACGCAAAGGAAUACCCCUCCCAAUAAUGUCAAACUAGAUGAAAUCCUAAAGGCGAUGGAGACAAAGGCUAGCACAAAAAAGAUGCCCAUACUGAAGGAGCUGGCGACGAACCAUAACGCCUUGCAGGGAGUGCGAGAUGAGGAGGUUAAUAAGUUCAAUAAUACCAUGCUGGCUGACCAGGACUUUAAAUUGUUUACAUACUACUGGAAGUUGGAAAAUUUCACGAACAGAAUUGAAGACCUUUCGACGAGCAGUGUCAAUAGUCCUAUAUUUAGCAUCAGAGGCAAAUCCCUUCAGCUGAGGUGCACCUUUCAUCAUUUGAAUCGCGAGCUACUGAACCUACAGCUGGGCUAUGCCCAUGUCCUACCAGGCGAUCAGAAGAACAUUGUUUUAGAUAUGGGGGGAAUAUUCAAGACGAUGAAACAUUGGACGGACGACACGCCAUUUAAGCACAAAAUCUCUAUACUGGAUCAGAAUUACAGCCACCGGAAGGCAAAGGAUCUCGGCUCACAGGAGCUGACCAAACUGGAGACGGGCUUUUCCAUACCGCACAGUGCACUUCUGGGCAGCACGUACAUCAAGCAGAACUCGCUGUUGAUACAGAUCAUAUUGUAUUUAUGAAUGACAGAA